AACUAACAGCGAUUGUUAUUCCGGUCCCCCCUCGGGCUGAGGGGCGAGAUUUCCCUUUCCAAUGUGAGAAAUCUUAUCGCGCAGACUCGUACAAAAUGGCGCUUGGAAGAUGUGAAGUUUUUGUUGGCUAUGUUCCGCGUUCACCGAUCGAUAAUAAUGGAGGAUUCGGAUUUUUCCGGGUCUCUUGUGCACUCCGUAAAUUUAGUGAAUUCAGUGUCUGUUUGAGUGAGAAAGUCUUGAAAAGUGUUAUUUUUGAUCGGUUACAUCACAGCAAGUUUUGGCGACUUCAAAAGCGAUCUCGAUAUGUGUUUCAAAUCACGCAGAAAUUAAAUCGCUGCAAGUGAGUGGGUGAAAACGGCACGACAUUUGCGCCGUGAGGACACAGUAGGUCACUCCAAUGGUCCUGGAGGUGAAGAGAGGUCACGACGAGGACAGCGAUACCGACUUUGACAUCAUGAACUCGGCAGUCAGUACAGAAUCGAUGGAUAUGGCAGAGGAGGACAUGUCGCAGGUGGAGGGGUGCGGGUUGAGCGGGUCGGAGGAGGACGACGAGUGUGCGUCGUCCCCGGCCGGCUCCGCCUACGACGAUCAAGACAUGAUCAAGACGGCCAUGAGCGACGAGGUCACCAAGCAACUCGCCGCCGCAGGCCCAGUGGGAAUGGCUGCUGCUGCCGCCAUAGCGUCGUCCAAGAAGCGCAAGCGGCCGCACUCGUUCGAAACCAACCCCUCCGUCAGGAAACGACACCAAAACAGACUCCUCAGGAAGCUAAGAACCUUCAAUGGGUUGCAAAAUUUCACCAAUUUUCAAUGUUUAUCAUUUAAGUUCUACUUGCCGCGUGAAUGGGCUGAGUCUAAAGCCCAUGGGCAAUAA